UGCCUCUGAAACACCAGGGCAUGAGUCCGGUGUUCUCAACCGCCAGGCCAUGACAUUCCACGUUCAUCCUGAAUAAUGUGAGAGUUCUGAGUAUUAUUAAAACAAGAUUUUUGAAGUAUGGGGAUUAACACUGGUGUCUAUGGGAAAUUAUUUGCUUAGAUGUACACCGUAGCCAGCGUUCGAUUAGCUACACUUCGUGGCUUCCCGGCCGUGUGUAAUCCUGUGUAUACACGGGGAAGUUAUUAGUCGAACGCACCCAAUGUAAAUGUGAACAAAAAUACAUGCAGUGAUGGCAACCAACCAGGCUAUUCCACACGCGUUCCCGGUAUCUGCUUAUAAAUUAUCCUCCGUUGGUUAUACAUGGAUAGAACGGGACGCGGUUCUGUAGAAUCAUUGAACUGUGUCUCUAUUCAUCAACGUUAAUCGUGUGGCAUAACCUCAGGCGGAGUAAAACCCGACUUUCAACGUAUUCUGCACGAAGUGCACACAUGCACACGCUAUUACAUGUAUUCAACCUUCGAUGAAAAGUGGUCUAUAAGCGAAAGUAUUUCCUUCUUGGUGGAAUCCACUACUGCUAUUGGAACAGAGAACUUCGCAACUUUGAUGUAGCUUUUGUUUCUGUGAGAGUUUGGAUACAUAUCGAAGACCGACCGUUCACCAUGACAAGUAGUGGAGUGCUAGAACAGCAUCGCAAGCUUGAACUAAAGGCGUUGGAUCUGAAAUGUCAGUCGGUGGAAGUGGAGGGUACAACGGAGCACGAGAGGGUCUCCACACUGCUCCCUGAUGGGAAACUCAUCUCAAGGUUUUUCGACGAUGUGGACUCACUCCACGACUGUUUCAUGCGUGGGUUGAAACUCUCUGGUAACGAUCCGUGUUUAGGAUGGAGACCGGAACCAGAAAGUCCCUAUUCCUGGAUUACGUACAAUGAGGUUCACACACGUGCCAGGAAUUUUGGCUCUGGAAUGAUCCAGAAGGGCAUACCAGCUGGAAAUGAGACGUUCAUUGGCAUUUAUUCGCAGAAUAGGGUAGAGUGGGUGGUGACCGAGCAAGCGUGUAACAUGUAUUCCAUGGUCAUCGUGCCACUCUACGACACAUUAGGACCAGACGUGUGUCAGUAUAUCGUCAACCAAGUCGAUUUGAGUCUCGUAGUGUGUGAUACGUCAUCAAGAGCCGAGCUUCUGUUGAACAAGGCAGGAGAUAUGCCGGGAUUGAAGACGAUUGUGCUUAUCGAUGACGCCACAGACUCGGUGACGGCUAAGGCUGAACAAUCCAAGAUAGAGAUUCUGCGCUUUGGAGACGUUUUGGAGCUUGGUGCAAAUAACCCGCAGGAGAAAGUGCCUCCAGGCUAUGACGACCUAAGCACAUUGUGUUAUACCAGCGGUACGACGGGUAAUCCAAAGGGUGUCAUGCUCACUCACGGAAAUAUUCUGGCGUCUAUCACCGGCUUGUUCGCAUUCGCUGGGAUUAAUGGUUUGAUGGAGAUGCAUACAGACGAUACUUAUAUAUCCUACCUCCCGCUCGCCCAUAUCUACGAGAGAUUUGUUCAGGCUUGCAUAUAUACUUGCGGUGGACGCGUGGGUUUCUACCAGGGAGAUCCGAAGAAGCUCGUGAGUGAUAUUGCUGUCUUGAGACCUACUCUGUUCUCCUGCGUGCCAAGAGUCAUGAACAAGAUCUACGAUAAGGUGACUCAAUUAGUUGCUCAGAAAGGAUGGCUGGCCAAAUUUCUAAUGAGAACGGCGCUCCAAAAGAAAAUUAAGGAGAUGGAAAGUGGCAAAUUCAUAAAUGAUGGUGUUUGGGACAAAGUCUUCACGAAGCUUCGGAAUAUGUUAGGUGGUAGAGUUCGGUUUAUUACCACUGGUGCCGCACCAAUAUCCCAGGAGGUCAAGAUGUUUUUCAGGUGUGCCUUUGGAGCACUGUUAUCGGAAGGAUACGGCCAGACUGAGAACGCAGGCAUGUGUUCAUCGACCAUGUUCCACGAUGUGAGUGCCGGCCAUGUUGGUAGUCCUUCCAUGGCCUUCAAGUUCAAGCUGGUCGAUGUUCCUGAGAUGGACUACUUUGCCGAUAAAGAUCAAGGCGAGAUUUGCAUGAAGGGAGCGGGUGUCUUCAAAGGGUAUUACAAGGAUCCCGAGAAGACGGCAGAAACCAUCGAUGCAGACGGAUGGCUGCACACGGGUGAUGUAGGCCAAUGGAUGCCGAACGGACAGUUAAAGAUCAUCGACAGGAAGAAACACAUCUUCAAGAUGGCGCAGGGCGAGUACAUUGCCCCAGAGAAGAUUGAAAAUAUUUACAUCAGAAGCGAAUAUGUGUCGCAGUGUUUCGUGCAUGGCGAAAGUUUGCAAUCACACCUAAUCGCCAUCGUGGUCCCUGACGAGGAUGUAUUGCCAAAACUUGGCAAGGCUAAAGGUGUGCAAGGCGACUUUAAAGACUUGUGUGGCAGCGAGGUCAUUAAGAACGCAAUUCUUGAAGAUAUGGUGAAAGUUGGAAAAGAAGCCAAACUGUUCAGUUUCGAGCAGGUAAAGAACAUUUACUUGGAGUCCGAGCUGUUUAGUGUGGAGAACAACCUGCUCACGCCUACAUUUAAGUCGAAGCGUCCGAUCUUGAGGAAACAUUAUGAUGCCCACAUUGCGAACCUGUACAGACAAAUCAAAUUAACGAGAAUGGAAAGCGUGCCUUAUGAAAUGGGAAACAAUCUUUAAUUAAAGGGGGAAGCACUCUUGUUUCUUUCUGGCACCGUAAAAUAAAAUACCGGGUUUUAAGAUAGGAUUGAUUCUCUCACAAUGUCAGCUAUAAUAUUACUACCAAAGCAAUGUGGCGAACAAGCUCGAUUCAAUAAAUACAUUAUGCAUUAAGAGAGUGAUUCAAUUGCGCUACUGUCAAUUCAGAGACUUGCUGGGUGUGGUGGUCAUUCUCAGUAAAAAAAAAUCAACCUCAUCUUGAAUUCGUGUUGAAACCGAAAACUUGAAUCUCGUACAGCGAGUAUAAAAGAAAGCUAACGUGCUAGACAUGAUUAAUUAAAUUAGGAUUAAUUAGAUUUGGGAAAACCUUAGAUGGAGAUUACAUGUAUGUGUGGGAUUUGUAUUAUACUUUUACUGUGGUGCUGAGUUAUAUUGUACGCCAAUCCUAUUUUGAAAUCAUGGUGACGUUCUGGUAGCCAUUGCCGGUACGCUUCCAUGUCUGAACGCCCAUCACACGUUUGUUUUGUACAGCUCUGAACACCUCACUAAAGAGCAAUGAAUUAUGUGUGAGAAAUACCAUAGCGGGCUUUGAAGCGUCCAUGGUGGAAAGCCAGCCAAGUCAAUCACAAAACGUGAAAUUGGUUUUAAAAAAUAGGUAGGGUUGCUAUGUAUCGACAAGUCGCAGAAAUGUCGCGAAAAAUUAUAGUUUAAACCAAAAGGUAAACUGUUUGCAUGUUGGCCAGAAUGGGAAGAGGUUAUAGCCAAACCAGUCUCCAGGCUGUCAAUUCCUCUUUUGAACACUAUCAUGAAAACUAAAGGUUUCUGCAUUUGUUGACUUCACGUGCGAGUUGACAGGAUGUGAGCAGGUCACGUCGGAACCUCCGAAACACCCGUUUUUCAUAGUAUUAAUAGUGCAUACUUGUACUUUUUUCAUUUAAUAUUCACGAACAUUUUUUCACGAACAUUUCUUCAAACUUGAGUCCCUUUGGGCCAAACUGUAGUAGUAAGGCUUUGUGUACCUCUCUUGAAUGAAAGAUUGUGUAAAAGAAAAUAUAUAAGAUUUAUAAACAAGAAGUACACGUUUAUUUCUUUUCGCUGUAUGCAAAAAGGUAUUGGUACUCAAUUUAAACAAUAUUUGAGAAAUUAAGUGUUCACGAAAUCUUCAAACAUUUAAUAAGGAGCCUGUAAAAAUAAACAAUUAUUGGUGGUAUUUCUGUUUUUUAUGGGCAGUGAAAAUAUUAUUUAACUAUUUUUCAGGAAACCAGGCCACUUAGUUGGCAAAACACUUGAAAUGUAACAUUUGGAAACCAUCUUGAUAGUAUGUAGAUGCAUUUACUGACAACUUAUUUGUUUCCUUUUUAUUGAGCUAGAUUGUUCAUUCAACCGGUGUUGGCCAACUUUCCUUUUCUUUUCUUUGUUUAUCAUACAUUACUAAGUCAAAGCCUGACGUUAAACGAUAUGGUUUUAAUUAUGGAUCUGUUCAGACGCAGGCAUAAAUCAUCAUGGCAAAUAUAUUGCGGGUUUUUAUAUUAUAUUAAAUAGUGUUAUACAUUCUUAUCGAGUAUUAACAAAGACACUUACCGUUGAUUACUUCGAAGUUGUCUGUCUUCCCUUGAUAUUCUGUACAGUGGUAUAUUACAGGGGUAAUAAAAAUGUUUUGAUAUACAUGUAGUUAAAAGCGCUAUAUAAACACCCGUUAUUAUAGUACAAAUACAGUAUAAAUACCCACGUGAUUACCUUAGGAAAACGCGGGUUUUUUUUUUUGGGGGGGGGGGGGUUUCAUCAAGAACAUUUGCAAACAUUUAGUGUGAAAUAUAUAAUAUGUAAUCAAAUAUAUUUGUUUUCCUGUA